UUUUUGUUAUAACUAGGUGGAAGUGUAAUUUGUGGUGGUUUGAGAAGGAAUUUUUGUAGCUAGCAAAUAAUAAUAAUUUGAAGGUAAUUAUUUGUUAUAUUGUACAAAUAUAGUACAACUUGGGGUUGGAGCUGUUAUUUUUUUUUUCUCUUUUUUAAAUAAUUGCUGAAAUUUUUAUUUUGAUGGUUUUUUUAUUAUUAUAACUAGGGGGAAGUUUAACUUGUGGUGGAUUGAGAAGUGAGUGUAGGUGCUAGCAAAUCUUCAAUUAUCUUUGAGGUAAAUUAAAUAUUUUAUUGGUUAAUUAAAGUCUUACUUGAACGAUAAGUUUGCUAAUUUAUACAAAUUGUUUGUUUUUUAACUGAUUAGUGUUAUAUGAAUGUGUCGAAAAAUUACGAAUUACACAAUUUUUUUAGGAUUUAUAAUAUAUAAAUUAAUAGUUUUCUAACUAUCAAAUUAUAAAACGAAUUAGAAAAUAUUAAAUAUUAAUUGUUUAUUUUAACUGAUUUAUAAUCUAACAUUUAGUGUUUGUAGCUAUAAAAAAAUUAGAAAAUAUUAAAUAUUUCGAAAUAAAAAUAAUAAUCUCAAAAUAUCAAAAUAUAGGGUUUCAAUGGCGACUCCGGGUAAGAAUACUGUCAAAGUUUUCGUGUAUAUAGGAGGCCAGAUUGUUCAUGAUGGAUUGUCAGUGAAUUAUGAUCAAUCUCAUCAUACAGUCGUACGAGUUAAACGCGAUAUAUCUUUCUCAGACUUCUUGGCCAAAAUAUACUCACAUUGCCGAAUAGAUAGAAAUGAAUUUGUGUUAUCGGUGUCUGGAAAAAUAUCACGAUGGUAUCAAAAUCAAUGGAGCGAGAUAGUUUCUGAAAUAACAAGUGAUGAUGAUUUAGAAAUCUAUUUGCAUCCGGAUGAAGGAAACGAUUCCAUAGAUGUUUAUGUUGAGUCUCAACCUUUAUACAAUCCUUUGAUGCCUUCACAAUUCACUAUAUCAGAGCCUCUCUACUCCCCUUCGAGACCUUCACAAUCCAGUACAUCAGAACCUCUCUACUCCCCUUCGAGACCUUCACAAUUCACUACAUCAGAACCUCUCUACUCCCCUUCGAGGCCUUCACAACCUUUUGAUUUGAAUGAAACGUACAAUUCCUUUAUGCAAACAAAUCCUGAGUUAAUUGCGGUUACACAAGGUUUUCUAAUAUGGGCUUUGAAGAGGGGCCAUCGAGGCAUUCUUAUCGAAAUCUUGGGGUAUAUAUUGGGGAAUCAAGUGGUAUGAAAAAUGCUCAUGAAAAUUUUGAUCUUCCUAAUGAAACUCGUCAUUGUGAUAAUAAUGAUGACGAGGAUCCUUUCGAAGACGCACAUGGGCCAAAUGUUCGAAGCGACUCUGAACCCUCCGACCAUGGAGAUGAUGAUGAUAGUGGUGAAGAGAACAAUGAUGAGAAUAUCGAAGUCGUUGACGACGUUGUACAAACAAUAUCGCAGGCAUAAAUUCCAUCAACUCCCCAUGUUCAUGUCAAAAUUCCAUCAUUUGCAGAACCUCCUACUCAGUUUUAUGAUCCACCUUCGUUCUACUCUCUGUCAUUUCCUGAAAUCCCAGCCGAUUCCGUUGAUGUUCCGUCGGGUAUGUGGUCAAAAUUUUACGAUAGCAGCAAAGGUACUCUCGAAAAGGGGAUGAUUUUUUAUUGUAAAGAAAUGGUCAUUUCAGCCGUUAGAGACCACUCCAUUCGAUUUGCCAGAAGAGAGUUUAAAGUUAUCGAAAGUACAAAAAGAACUUGGAAAGUUAUCUGCAAACAUGGCACUGAAGCAAGACCUUGCAGAUGGAGGCUAAGAGCAUCAAGAAUUGGGGAUAGAGGACAAUUUAGAAUUGGGAUCUACGAUGGCGAUCAUAGUUGCGGUAUGCAAGGGAUGACAAACAAUCAUGGCAACUUGAACAUCAAUUAUUGCGCCGCAAUUCUAUUGAAAAGUGUUCGUGAAAAUCCAGUUUAUGAGAUUUCAAAGGCAAGAGAGAUUGUGACCGCGCAAAUAGGAUAUGAGAUAUCCUACAUGAAGGCAAGGUACACUUUGAAGCGAUGCAGAGAAAAUGUAUAUGGAACAUUUUGAUAUUUUUCUUUUUUUCUUCAAAACAUUUAAUUACUUAGAUUUUUUUUUU